GUUCUUGUAUAAAAUCCCCACCAUAACACCACCUUGAAGACCAGCAACGCUUAUCGCUCAGUUGCACAGCCCAACGACGAACCCCUUACUCAAAGAAGGGACGCAGAUGAGAGACGCCAUGGACUCUCUUCUGCAAGCCCUGCAGAACCAGCCGCUCCCCGCCGCCGCCGCCGCCGCCACCCUCGUCCUCGUCCUCCUCGGCCUCGCCCUCCUCUCCCGCCGCCGCCGCCUCCCCUACCCUCCCGGCCCCAGGGGCCUCCCGAUCAUCGGCAACAUGCUGAUGCUCGACCAGAUGACCCACCGCGGCCUCGCGAGCCUCGCCCGCAAGUAUGGCGGCCUCCUCCACCUCCGCAUGGGGUUCCUCCACAUGGUCGCCGUGUCGUCCCCCGAGCACGCCCGCCAGAUCCUCCAGCUCCAGGACCACACCUUCUCGAACCGCCCCGCCACCAUCGCCAUCAGCUACCUCACGUACGACCGGGCCGACAUGGCCUUCGCCCACUACGGCCCGUUCUGGCGCCAGAUGCGGAAGAUCUGCGUCAUGCGGGUGUUCAGCCGCAAGCGGGCCGAGUCCUGGAGGUCGGUCAGGGACGAGGUGGACAAGACCGUGCGGGCCGUCGCCGGCAGCAUCGGCACCGUCGUGAACAUCGGCGAGCUGGUGUUCGCGCUCACCCGGGACAUCACGUACAGGGCUGCGUUCGGAGCGAGCGCGACCGAAGGACAAGACGAGUUCAUCGGGAUAUUGCAGGAGUUCUCGAAGCUGUUCGGGGCAUUCAACCUCGCCGAUUUCAUCCCGUACCUUGGCCGGAUCGACCCGCAGGGGAUCAAUGAGAGGCUCGUCAAGGCUCGCGGGUCGCUCGACAGGUUCAUCGACAAGAUCAUGGACGACCACAUGGAGAAGAAGAACAAGGACAAGACCCUCCUCAGUGAGGAGGCGGAGACGGACAUGGUGGACGACUUGCUCGCCUUCUACGGCGAAGAAGAGGCGAAAGUCAACGAGUCGGAGGAUCUCCAGAACUCCAUCAAGCUCACCAGGGAGAACAUCAAGGCCAUAAUCAUGGAUGUUAUGUUCGGUGGGACAGAGACGGUCGCGUCGGCGAUCGAAUGGGCGAUGGCGGAGCUGAUGCGGAGCCCUGAGGACCUCAAGAAGGUCCAGAAGGAGCUCGCCGACGUGGUGGGGCUUCACCGCCGGGUCGAGGAGUCUGACUUUGAGAAAUUGACCUACCUAAAGUGCGUGAUCAAGGAGACACUCCGCCUCCACCCGCCGAUCCCCCUCCUCCUCCACGAGACGGCGGAGGACGCGGAGGUCUCCGGCUACUUCAUCCCCGCCAAGACCCGCGUCAUGAUCAACGCGUGGGCCAUCGGGCGGGACCCGACCUCGUGGGAGGACCCGGACACCUUCAAGCCCUCCAGGUUCCUGAACGAGGGUGCCCCGGACUUCAAGGGGAGCAACUUCGAGUUCAUCCCGUUCGGGUCGGGCCGGAGGUCUUGCCCGGGCAUGCAGCUCGGGCUCUAUGGGCUAGAGUUCUCGGUGGCCAACCUCAUCCACUCCUUCACGUGGGAGCUGCCUGACGGGCAGAAGCCCGGCGAGAUGGACAUGAGCGACGUGUUCGGGCUCACCGCGCCGAGGGCUGAACGGCUCAUGGCGAUCCCGAGCCCGAGGCUGUUGUGUCCCUUGUAUUGAGACGAGGCAUCGAACCGAACCGAAUCGAGAGGGCAUCCGAGAAAUGUGUGUGAAAUGGCUGGCUUUGCAUGCGCUUCACUCCUUUGCAUGGCGUUCCUUUUGUUCCUAUGCAAUCCUUUUUUCUUCUUAUUUUUCACCACCCCUUUUUUUUCCCUUGAGAGUGAGCGAAAGUCAGUCUCACCUUGCUUCGUUUUUCUUUUCACACGUUCAUUCAAUAAUUGUCGCUUCACAUACAAACUAAAAGGCCAAAGAUUUUCAAUU